AUGAAUAAAGGAAAUUAUCGUGGAGCAUUCACUGAAUGCAAUUCAAAGUAAUAGAAUGUUUUUUCUUUGUUUAGCUCUCCUAGCCAAGAUGAUUAAUGCUUUGGCUUUCUGAAGGGAAUAUUGCAAAAUGCAGAAGAAGACAACUAAUAGGAGUAUUUAUACCAAAGAAGUGGUUAAAUUGCUGCAUAUCAACCAAAGCAAAAAUUUUCAAUUUAAAAAAGACUCUUCAAAGAUAGUGAUAAUCAAUAUAAUGAUAUUUCUGAGGAUUAUAGAUAUGAAGAGAAUAGUAUCGCUCAAAAUUUAGGGAAUAAUUAAUAAAAUAUAUUUGAUUAAAAAAACGUAGGCCAAAUAUUUUAGCACCAAAGGAAUUUGUUUGGGUAAUAGCAGCAAAGUAGCUAUGGGGCUUACCAUCAUUAUGCACAAACAGUUUACCAAGAAAAGCAACCAGAAGAAUCUCGUAUUUUAAACUUAAAUGUUAAAUCUUCACGUAAUCUUAUGAGCUCCUUUUAAACAAUCAAUGAAACGCAGUAGUAAUCUUGUAGUGAAUAAGAUGAAGAAAAAUUCUAAUCUCCUACAUAAAUCGUUAGCAAUUAAGACUCCCAAAGAUAAGCAGUCUACGAGAAAUUGCAAUAUUAAGAAAAGUAGUGUACUCAAGACUCCUCCUUUCCUAAUAAUGUAUUUAAUAAAAGAGUCUUAAAGAAUCAAUAUCUUAGUGACUACUAACUGAAUUAGAAAGCUUCUCAAUCAUCUUCUAGUUCUUCAAAUAAGAAAGAAUCUUUGUAAUAACCGCACAAUAAUAUCUUUGCUUAGUUUUAGAAUUAGUAAAAUCAAUAUUCUGUUUUAAAAUCAUAAUUUCCUUCAUCCUAGCAUUAGUAAUAACAACUGAUUGAAAUUAAUCGCUACAAAGGAUUUUAAUCCAAAAAGGGCAACGAAAUUGUCUUUUAAACAUAAACUUAGCUCUCAUCAGCUUCAUCCUAAAACUAGUAGAGCAGCAAUAAAGAAAAUUCACAAAAUACUUCACACUCAUCAACAUCUUCUUCAGGAUUAAGUGGCUAUACUUAUAGUGGAGAUGUUUAAAAUUAAACAAAUAAUAGUUAAGAUUCAUCUUCCAGUUAAAAAUAGUCUCAGUAUAAAAACCAAAUGAUUACCUCAUAGAAAAAGCUUUAGCAGUAACUUUAAAAAGAACUUAAUCCUAAAAUAUUUUAAAUGUCUCAUGCUCGCUUAUCAGCUUACUAGUCAAAUUUUGUUCCUUUGAAGUAGCAACAAACUAUAAUUUUACCUGACAACUCAAAAGAUUAGCAAAAUAUCAUUUAAAAAUAAAUAUCCCAAGCCAACUUAGAAUAAAAAUCACAGUAUACAGAAAAUGUUAACAAACAAGCUUAAGCUUAUUCUACAUCUUCUUCUUCACUCUCUUCUUCGAAAUCAUAAAUAUAAUCUUCAACUCAUCCUUCAUGCUCAUCUCCCUCUUCAUAAUCUUCUUGUUCAUCAGAUGCUCAAAAUAAUUUGCGUAAUCUAUCAUUUUCUUCAUCUCUCAAGAUUUCUUUACCAUCUCCCUCACUCGCCACAAACUAAAACUAGUAGACUGCUUAGAAUGUCUAUAAUUAAAAUGUAACUUAAGGUAAGUCAUAAAAAUCCCUUGGAUCAAGUGGUAAAAAGCCUUUUGGUAAAAGUAAGCAACCUGUGUAUUAUGAGAAGUAGUAAGUAAAUACUACUCAGAAUUUGCAAUUUGUAGAAUAACAACAAUCGCUACCUUAUCAGACUCCUUUGAAAAAAGAAUGUUAGUCACCUUCUAUAUCCUCCUGCUAAGAUGAUACUUAUUAAAAUUAAUAUGGAUUUAACUCUCCUCUAUACACUCCAAACACAGUAGGGAAGUUACAUAAAAUCAAAGAAACAUUUUAUGAAAGUACACCAAUAAAUGAAUUUAAAUAAAGAUUUGCAAGAAAAAUUAAAUAACUCAGAUAAGAACUUAAAGAUAACUGCAAAACUCCUGAGGGAAGUCAAAUAAAUGUUUAAUCUAGUUGUAGCAGCAUUCUAUAAAAAGAAAUUAAAUAAAAGCUAAGCUUUGUUGAGAUACUUGGUACUUCUAUAGCAAAAAUGUCUUAAAUAAAGCCUAAUAUUUAUUGGAAACUUAUGUUUGAGUUAGCAGAUUAUGCUAAAAAAGAUUGUAUGUACCACGAAGCUAAGUACUUUUAUAAAAUUGCUAUUAAUCUUCAACCUUUUUGCCCUGAUAUAUGGUUAGAAUACGCAAAAAUGGAAGAAGACUAUGGAAAUUUGUAAAAAGCAAAAGAAAUCCUAGAAAAUGCUUAUCCGUUUUGCAAGAUGAGUGAUAGUUUAAUUUUGAAGCUACUGAGAAUCAUCGAAAAAAUAGGGAAAAUAGAAGACAUAAGAGUUAUCCUUUCUAAUUUAAAUCAGUUAAAGAUAGAUAAAUGUUGGAAAAUUUAUAUUGAAGGCGCAUUCAUUGAAAUAAGAUUUGGCAACAUAAAAAAUGCAGAAAGAAUUUUAAAAAUGCUUCAUAGCUAUUUAGAUCUUAACGGCUAAGUUUGUUAUGAAUAUGCUAGAGUCUUAGAGCUUUAAGGAAAAUAUUAACAAGCUUUAAAUAUCUGCUAAUAAGCUCAAGAUAAAGGUUUAAAAUGUACAAGUUUAUGGACUUUAUAUUUGAAGCUUUAUGAAAAAACUUGCACUAACAUUUAGGCUCCUGUUUUAGAUAAAUUCAUCAGAUAAGCAAACGCCUCUUUACCUAAAGAAAUAAUAUGGAAAAUAUAUCUAGAAAUAGCCUAAAUAUGUGAAAAAAAGAAUGCUAUAAACCUUGCAAAGUAAUAUUUAGUCAUGUCAAUUAGAAAUGCUCAUGAAAGUAUGAGAUGGAAGCCACUUAUUUAAGUCGCUAAAAUAGAGCUCUUAUUAGGCAAUAAAGAAAACGCAAACAAAGUUAUUUAAAAGACUCUUGAAGCUUGUUCAGAUAAGCAGAAGCCUUAUCUAAUUAUAGAAGCUGCUAAAUGUGCAGAAAUUGCGGGAGAUAUAUCUUCUGCAAUUUCAUAAAUAGAAUCGCUUAAAAGCUACAUGAAAUCUGAGUGGAAGAUUUACAUGGAGUAUAUAUCGAUGCUGAUCAGAAACAAAAAGCAUAGAGAAGCUUCUUAAGUCAUCAAAGAAUCUCUUUACACUCACACCUUAGCUGGAAGGCUAUGGGGUGAACUAAUUUAGUUGGAACACAUAAAAGCCACUAAUAAUGAUCUCAAUUCCGCAUUCGAGUUUUUCUUAGUAGCCCUGGAAGAGGUUCCAAAAUCUGGUGAAGUUUGGUGUGAAGGAGCUCGUUUAUGCAUGAACCCAUUUGGUAAUAAAUAUGACUUAAUGAAGGCAAAAUAAUUCCUUGAAUAUGCUAUAUUUUUUACCCCUUAAUAUGGGGAUUCUUUCAUUGAAGCUUUGAGGUUAUACACUAUUCUUGGAGAAAGAGACCAAAUUAAAUAGUUAAAAAAUAAAACAAUCAUAUCCCAGCCUAAUUAUGGGCAUCUUUGGUAUUAUAUGAAAGAAACCACCAGAGACACAUCAAUUGAUGUUUGGAAAAAAAUGAAAAAGCUUGUUACUUAAGAAGUCGAUAAUACAUUUGUAUAUUACUAAAAAAGAAUGGCAUCUAUUGAUCUUUAAUCUGAAAAAUAAUAUACUCCUAUGAUAACAGGUCUGACUGAAUAUAAUGAUCUUUUCUUUAAUGAAAAUAUCCCAUAAGAAAUAAGAUGGAAAACAAUAUUUUAUUUAGACUAAUCUCUGAAUUAAAUUUGA